CGGGGCGGCUAAAGCGACGUGUCCUUGUCCCCCGUGGACAGCUUCGGCGCGUGCAGCCGCGGAUCCCCCAGUUUCAAGGGCCACCACCUCCUGGGACCACCCGACCGACAGAGCCAUGAAGACCAAGAACCGGCCUCCCCGGCGCCAGGCCCGGGACACCGAGGUCACCGCGGGGGAGCGGACGCCGGACGGGCCCCAGGCAGGCACGGGGCCUGAGCUGGCCAAGGCUCUCCGGAGCAGGGCGGCCCGGGCGGCGGGGGCGCGGGCCGAGGGCGGCGGGCGGCGGCGGCCGGGCCCUGGCGGCCGGCGGGAGAGCAGCGUCCAGCGGCGGCUGGAGAGCAACGAGCGGGAGCGGCAGCGCAUGCACAAGCUGAACAACGCCUUCCAGGCGCUGCGCGAGGCCAUCCCACACGUGCGGGCCGGCAAGAAGCUCUCCAAGAUCGAGACGCUCACGCUGGCCAAGAACUACAUCAAGUCGCUCACCGCCACCAUCCUGACCAUGUCCAGCGGCCGCAUCCCGGGCCUCGAGGCGCCGGGCCCCGCGCCGGGCCCCAAGCUGUACCAGCACUACCAGCAGCAGGCGGCCGGCGGCCCACCUGGUGCCGCCGAGCACCAGCCCCAGGGCCACCUGCACAGGUACUCCACGCAGAUCCACAGCUUCCGGGAGGGCACCUAGCCCAGCGGCGGGCAACGCGCUCACCCCAGCCCUGCCCUCCGCUCCGACAGCCCCAAGCUCCAGCCCCCAGCGCCUCCGCUACCCCCCCCCCCACUCCUCCCACCGAAGGCUCAGACGCUUCCCCGGAGCCACUUCUCCCGCUCUGCGGGACGAGCGAGGGACUUGGCCACGACUCUGGGCAGCGAGAGGCCGACCCUGCAGGUGGGCCUCCGGGUCCUGCUGCUCGUGGAGCGCUGUGGAGCCCCGAGGACCAGGCCUUGGC